UGCCGCCAUUUUAGGUUUAGGCGCGCGGCGUGCAGGGUUGUUAGUGUCGAGUCGGGUUAACGGUGUUGUUUUUUUUUUCCCCCCCUCGUCUUAUUAACUCCGUAGUAUUUCCACUUUCUACAUUUUUUUUCGAAAGGUGAGUACCGAAGUGAGACGUAGAGAUGAGUUACGGUAGACCUCCGCCCGACGUCGAGGGCAUGACCUCGCUGAAAGUGGACAAUCUGACUUACCGGACCUCGCCCGAGACGCUGCGGCGCGUUUUCGAGAAGUACGGCCGCGUCGGAGACGUCUACAUCCCGAGAGACCGCUACACCAAGGAGAGCCGCGGCUUCGCCUUCGUGCGCUUCCACGACAAGCGGGACGCCGAGGACGCGAUGGACGCCAUGGACGGCGCGCUGCUGGACGGACGCGAGCUGCGCGUGCAGAUGGCGCGCUACGGCCGGCCGCCGGACUCGCAUUACGGCCGCCGCGGAGGACCGCCGCGAAGAUACGGCGGAUACGGACGGAGGAGUCGCAGUCGCAGUCCCCGACGCAGGAGACACAGCCGAUCCCGCAGCAGGAGCCGCUCUCGCUCCAGAAGCAGAUCCCGCUACAGCCGCUCCAGAUCCAGGUCCUACUCCCGGUCCCGCUCCCGGUCCAAGAGCCGCACACCCCGCAGGAGCAAAUCCAAAUCCCCUUCCAGGUCCCGAUCCAGAUCUAAGUCCAAGUCUCCUUCCAGGAGUCGCAGCCCCCGCUCGAACAGAGCGUCAAAAUCCAAGUCAAGGUCCCGGUCCAGGAGCAGACCCAAAUCCCCUGAGGCCAACGGAACAGAGUCGUGAGCCCGACUUCAGGUAAAAACACAGCAGCAGGAAGGUGACCUCUGGGUCUUUUGCUGUGGAUGCUUUGUUUUUCUUUUAUUUUUGCUAACCCUGAACUAACUUCUAAUCUUCUAAACAACCAGUCAGUGUUUCAACACUAUUACAUCACAAAAUUGCAUAUCGAUGCUUUAAUCUAAAACAGGGUUCUUGCACAGGUCUGGGAAAUGAAAUCAUUUGUAGACCUGGAGAAGUAUUUUGCGGGGAAAAAAUUAUUUUCUGUAGUUUUCUUGCAAUGAUGCUGUUCUUAAAGAACGAAAAACCGUAUAUAGAAAGGACAAGAACCCGAAUUUAUCAGGUCUUUUUUAUGAAACGAGAUUCAGAUAUAGAGAAUGAUGCCGGUGUGGUGGUCAAUGACUUUCUUUGGAAAUGUAUAACUGUAUACAUAAAAAUAAAAGGCACAACCAGAACCUGGGUUCGGAGCCGCAAAAGGUAAAAGCCGUAAGUAUUUCUUUAUUUGCAAGCAAUAGAUUCUGGGUGGUAAACGUUUUUACCUUAAUGUGGAAUUCUUUCCUCCAAGCUGCUGAUUCCCGUAUGCAAAAGAGGAGUUUGGGGGCAGUUUGAGAGCAGUUAGUGUGUGGUCCGACCGUUGGCUGCCUGCUGCUGCUUGGCGGUUGCUAUGGAGCAGGUCGGUCUCAUUGAGUGUUGAGGUGGUGUUGAGGUACGUUCGAAGGACGACGGACUGAGGCCUUUUUUCCAUCUUCCUUGUCACACGCCCAUAGACGAAAGCAGGACCAGAAAAAAAUAAAGCGGGAUGCUUUCUCAAAGCUUGCGUAAGGAAUCAGCGAAGUGACGCACGAUUUCUCUAAACUAAAUUCAUUUGCUUUCUUUUGCUGACGUCUUUCAGUUGCUUUCAGAAACGCAUCCCCUACCCCCCAGGUUUUUCCCCUCAUUCGUUGAGGUUACUCAACACCGAUUUAGGGUAAAUAACUAAGUCGAGCAACUCUACAACAGACUCCGUUGCUCACUAGACAAGUGUAAAAGGUUUGCCUUUUCUUUUUUUUUUUCUUUUUUUUUGUAAGCACAGGAUUUUUCUUUUCUUUUAAAACAAAGUUGAAGGCGGCCACUAGUACUUAAUCACCAACGGCUGCUUUUCAUGGAGUUGUAGGAGCUAUACAAGCAUGUAGAAGCUUGUAUAAUUAUCCCCUGUCUAAAAUUCUUCAAAACUCACUGACUCUUUUCUUUCCUAGAUGAUGUCAGAUGAAUGAGUCUUCAUUUCUGAGGAUCACAUCGAAAGGAAAAGUCCAUCUGAGGAUUUCUAAAUUCACCUUAUCAGACCAAAAGGUUGUUGCAAACACUUGGUCUACAUCUUUUUAACUUUUUUUUUGCCUAUGUUCAUUUGACCAGAAUUUUCUGUACCGUAUUUUGAAGUGUGCUCAUUGAAUUGAAUAUUUACGCUUAAGUGAAAUUCUUAGGUGGAAAGAUUUUCUUCAUAAUUUUUUUUUUUUGCUAGUUUGUGCAUUUGUUUAGUACUUCAUGUAAGUAAUCUCCCUGCCAAUAAAGUAAGUUUUCUCAUUUUAUUCAAUUCAUUACGUCUUUUCUUUAAUGCAGUGUGUUACUCAAGUCUGUAAUGUAAUAAAGCUGAUUUUUCCCAUCUCUGUACGUAACUUCUGGCCAGAUGUUUAGCCCUAACACAUGCAAGUGUAUCAAAUUGAUCAAUUUCCAUGUAAAAAUUCACAUUCUCAACCUGUUGAAUUUGGAUUUUUUUUUUCUUUCUUUCUUGUUACCUGCUAAUUUGGCAAAUCUGUGAUUUUUCUAAUGCUCUCCCUUGUAUUUUUUGUGCACUAGGCGCAGUUGCGCAGCAGUUGAGUAUUGCUGGUUAGCUGUUAAGGUGGCGUGUUGCAGUGCAGAGUGCUUGGCUGUUUCCAGUAUUCUCCUGAUUGCUCCCGUGUAACGCCUUGAUUUGACGGUUUUAAAAGCUGCAGCAGAAUGACCUGCGUGGGUCCUUCCUGCAAACCUUUCGUUCGAAUUAAUUUACGCAUUGGGAGGUAGUGCACCAACAUUAUCACGUUUUCAAUGGCAGCAUUUUGUUCUCUGUGGAAACGUACACAGCUGUAAGCUCCAUGUGAAUGCUAAUAAACUUUUUUUUGUGCUAAUG